AUGACAACAUUGCCACCCACCAGCUGUGCGGUCUGCAAAGUGCGUGCCUCGCAACUCUGUGCUGGCUGCAGGAGCGUUGUUUACUGCAGCCGGGAGCACCAGAAAGAGGACUGGAAACGCGGACACAAGCAGCAGUGUAAGUGCUACGAGAUUGCCAGCAACGAGCUGCUCGGCCGUCAUUUACGCGCAACACGCGACCUCCAAGCUGGCGAGCAAAUAUUGCGUGAGGCACCGUUGGUCAUCGGACCCAAGGUCGCAUCGGCACCCCUGUGUCUAGGCUGCCACAGGCACCUGUUGCCGCCGGAGUCGCCGCACAGAAACUAUUACAAGUGCCGCCAUUGCAGUUGGCCGCUGUGCGGCAGUAAAUGCGAAGGCGCCCCCGCACAUGUUGAGGAGUGCAAGCUGAUGACGGCCAGCAAUUUUCAGUCUAAGAUCAACUACAGUGCAGGCGAAGAGGAGAAGAAGGAGUCCGCCUAUUGCGUCAUCAUGCUACUGCGCUGCAUGCAACUAAAGCACAGCAACCCCUCGGCCUACGCAAGGCUCUGCGCUCUGGAGGAUCAUUUGCAGGAGCGUCUGAAUACGCCGCUUUAUCAAGUGCUGCGCGCCAAUCUUAUUACAUUCAUUAAGACGGUGCUGGGCCUGCGGGAGUGGUCGGAGCUGCAAAUACUGCGCAUCGCUGCCAUCCUCGACACCAAUACCUUCGAGGUGCGUCAGCCGGAGCAGCGGCGCAAGAUUCGCGCCCUAUUCCCGGAAGCGGCGAUGAUCUCGCAUGAUUGCGUGCCCAAUAUGCGGCAUCGCUUCGACGAUGAGAUGAACAUCGUCUUUCUGGCCAAGCGCAAAAUAGCCAAGGGCGAGAUCCUCAGCAUAUCGUACACGCAGCCGCUGCGCAGCACCAUUCAGCGAAGACUCCAUCUGCGCCAGGCCAAGUGUUUCGACUGUAGCUGUGAUCGGUGCUCGGAUGCGACCGAGCUGGGCAGCUUCGUCGGCGCCCACCUGUGCGGCAAAUGCAAGGUGGGAAAGGUCAUAUCCUUGAAUCCGCUGAACAAUGCGUCCCCUUGGAAGUGUCAGCUGUGCAAUCUCAGGAAAACAGCGAAGGAAGUGCUUUCCCGGGAUGCACAACUGCAGCAGGAGCUUGAGAGUAUGGACAAAACAACUCCACUGGCCCUCGAAGACUUUAUACACCGGCAUCGCGUUGAGCUACAUGAGACAAACACGCAUGUCCUGCAGGCGAAGUACGCGCUGACUCAGCUUUAUGGCAAUGCCACGGGCUUUUUAAUGGAAGAACUGAGUGAGGCAGACCUCGAGCGUAAGGUGGAACUGUGUCAGGAGCUCCUUCAGCUUUCGGAUCUAUUUGAUGGCGGCUGGAGCAUAUUUCGGGGAAAUUUACUAUUAGAUCUGGAGGAGGCGCUCGUGUCCCAAGCAUCGCGCAUGGAAAACGCUGAUGCUUGUCAAGAAAAACUUCAGCAGGCAGCUGCCAUUCUGGAUGAAAUUUCAAACAUAAUGAAGCACGAAAGAGAAAUGCAACAAAUUAUAACUGAACGUCAACAGAUAUUGAACAACGCAGUGGAACGUUUUAAAUAAUGGAUGAAAAAUAAUAAAUUAAUAAUUAAAUUUGAAACAAACGAGUCCUCUACUUUUAAAACUAAAGUGUUGUAGCAACUAGCUUUUUAACAAGCAUUAUGCACACAGGUUCGCAGGCAAUAUUGAGUUUCCCGGAAACGAACAAAACGUUUUGAUAAAGACCAAAUGAAUAGGUUUUAUUUGUACAUUCAUCAACAUGAAAUGGUUGUGGAAAAAAGCCCGGGCUGACCACAAAUCAAAAUCAAUUUUCAACUGUUGUAAAUACCUAUCAUAAUAUAUUGUUAUAUCUCUACAAAUACAAUCAUUAUAACUUA